CACCGGCCGCCCUUUUAUCUGCCUGCAGGUCGCCCGGGAAGCCGAGGGCCGCGGGUCCCAGCCCCAGCCUGGGUCUCGCCGCCGCGCUCCUCCCCGCUGCAAGGUACGCGGCCGGGCAGAGGGGGGGCCGGCGGCGAGCGCGCGCGCAGGGGUGAGGCCGGGCGGGGCCGCGGAGCCGGAGCCGGAGCACCCCGGGGACAGAAGCCAGUCAAGUUUGCCUGACAUCCAUCAACCAGGCCCUGGUCACCUGAUCUCAGCCCAGCUUUGCCCAUCUUGCUGUGUGAAUCUUGGCUACCUGCCUGGCCCACAGCCAUGGCCACCAUGGUGGCCCAGAAGCUCAGCCAUCUCCUGCCCGCUUUGCGGCAGGCCCACCGGGAGCCGCAGCCCUCGGGGCAGCCAGAGCCCGUCUUCACGGUGGACCGGGCGGAGGUGCCACCGCUCUUCUGGAAGCCGUACAUCUACGUGGGCUACCGGCCGCUGCAUCAGACCUGGCGCUUCUACUUCCGGACGCUGUUCCAGCAGCACAACGAGGCGGUGAACGUCUGGACCCACCUGCUGGCCGCGCUGGUGCUGCUGCUGCGGCUGGCCGUCUUCGCGGGGACCGUGGACUUCUGGGGAGACCCCCACGCCCUGCCCCUCUUCAUCAUCGUCCUUGCCUCCUUCACCUACCUCUCCCUCAGCGCCUUGGCCCACCUCCUGCAGGCCAAGUCCGAGUUCUGGCACUAUAGCUUCUUCUUCCUGGACUACGUGGGCGUGGCCGUGUACCAGUUCGGCAGCGCCCUGGCGCACUUCUACUACGCCAUCGAGCCCGCCUGGCACGCGCGGGUGCAGACCGCCUUCCUGCCCGCCGCCGCCUUUCUCGCCUGGCUGUCUUGCACCGGCUCCUGCUACAGCAAGUAUAGCCAGCAGCCUGGCCUGCUGGGCCGCACCUGCCAGGAGGUGCCGUCGGCGCUGGCCUACGCGCUGGACAUCAGCCCCGUGGUGCACCGCAUCCUGGUGACCCCCGACCCGACCGCGGAUGACCCCGCUCUUCUCUACCACAAGUGCCAGGUGGUCUUCUUCCUGCUGGCCGCGGCUUUCUUCUCAGCCUUCGUGCCCGAGCGCUGGUUUCCCGGCAGCUGCCACCUCUUCGGGCAGGGGCACCAGCUCUUCCACGUGUUCUUGGUGCUGUGCACGCUGGCUCAGCUGGAGGCCGUGGCCCUGGACUACGAGGCCCGGCGGCCCAUCUAUGAGCCUCUGCACACCCGCUGGCCCCACAACUUCUCUGGCCUCUUCCUGCUCACCGUGGGCAGCAGUGUGCUGACGGCGUUCCUCCUGAGCCAGCUGGUGUGGCGCAAACUGCACCGGAAGACCCAGUGAAGGGGGGGUUGGGGGGUGGCGGCUGGGAGGGAGGGAGAGUGGGAGCCCUGGGGUCCCGGCUUGGCUCCAGAGGGGAACAAGGCCUGGUAAAGUUGUUUGUCUCUGGCCCGCGGUGACAUUCUGUGAACGCCUCAGCUGCCAGAAGUGGUACCAGCCAGUCCUCGGAUUUGGGGAUUUGGCCGGGAGCUGCUGGGGUCCACUCCGGGGUCUGCCCCAGCCCCCUGCCCUGGGAGAGGAAAAGAGAUAAAGAUGUGGGCCAACCAAUCUUGCCUCUCCCCAUUGCCUCUCACUAGGGGUGAGGAUCGGGGGUCACUGGGGCCAGGGGCCUGGUUGGGAGCUUCCAGGUUAUCUGAGAGAGGGUGAAGGCAGAAUUUAGGCCAGAGGCAGAAGAGGCUUCAGCAGCCCCGCCUCUACCCAGAUUUCACUGGGGGGGAAGGGGCAGGCCCCAAAUGUAUGUAGGGUCUUACCAUUCCUUGAGCUCCAGCCUGGAGUCUUGGACUUCCAGGGAGUCUUCAAAGGUAGAAGAUUGUGCUAGGUAGAAAUGGAUCCCACCCAGUGCCCAUACCUCCUCAGUCACCGUCCCACAGAGGGAGCCCCAGCUUUUCUAGCUCUGGUUCUGUGUCCAACACACCCUGUUCCCAGCCUCUCUCCUGCUUUCCUUGUUCAUGAUUCAGUUAUCCAUUCAGUAUUUCCUGGGCCUCUGCUCAGAGGCAGGCUACCAGCUGGGUGCUGUGAAUCCACGCACACACGCAGGAUGAUGAGAGCUCUGAUACUCGAAUGACCUGUCAAGGGACGCACGGAGGAGGACUAGUCAGUGCUGCCUGCCACCCUCACGGUCUUGGGUUGGGAAGGGUGAAUAGGAGUUUGCAGAUGAAGAAGGGCAUUCCAGGCAGAGAGAAAACCCUCUACAAAGGCCAAAGAGGUACUGAAGGGAGUUCAGCAGGGCUGGAGGUAGGGGUAGUCCGGCCUCUGAUAUAUCCUGGAUGCAAUAAAGUGACUGAUAACAGCA